AUGGCAUCCAAUACCGUGAAAGAAUCUGCUAGUAACGCCGCUGCGUCAGCCAGACAGGUCACCAGAAAUGCCUUUGAGAACCCGGCAAAGGCCAGAUCGGAUAUUUUGCACCACCCAUACACUCGCGCCGCCUUGCCCUUUGUCAACGGCGGUCUUGCAGGCAUGACGGCGACCGUCGUCAUCCAGCCCAUCGAUAUGAUCAAGGUGCGUCUGCAGCUCGCUGGCGAGGGCGUCCGCACCGGCCCGCGCCCCACGCCUUUGGGGGUCGCGCGCGACAUCAUCGCUUCUGGCAAGGUCCUAGACCUCUACACCGGUCUCUCGGCAGGUCUGCUGCGUCAAGCUGUCUACACCACCGCCCGUCUGGGAUUCUUCGACACUUUCAUGGGCGCCUUGCACAAGCGGGCCGCUGAGGCUAACCGUAACAUCACCUUCGCCGAGCGGGGAGCCGCCGGCCUGGCCGCCGGCGGCAUUGCGGCCAUGAUCGGCAACCCAGCCGAUCUGGCCCUCAUUCGUAUGCAGUCUGAUGGCUUGAAGCCGCCCGAGGCUCGCGCCAACUACCGCUCGGUCGUCGACGCCCUUACCCGCAUCUCCAAGGCAGAGGGCGUCGGUGCCCUGUGGGCCGGUGCCUCUCCGACCGUCGUGCGCGCCAUGGCCCUCAACUUUGGCCAGCUGGCCUUCUUCUCAGAGUCCAAGGCUCAGCUGAAAGCGCACACCACUCUUUCCUCCACCAACCAGACCUUUGUCGCCUCCGGCAUCGCCGGUUUCUUCGCCAGCUUCCUCUCCUUGCCCUUUGACUUUGUCAAGACCCGCCUCCAGAAACAACAACGCGAUCCCAAGACCGGCCAGCUACCCUACAAGGGUCUAUUUGAUUGUGCUCGCAAGGUCGCCCGCGAUGAGGGUUGGUUGAGGUUCUAUCGUGGGUUCGGCACUUAUUACGUCCGGAUCGCUCCCCAUGCCAUGGUGACCCUUAUCGUGGCCGAUUAUCUCAACUUUGUCUCCAAGUAA